AUAGACGGAAUUUGGGCAACCAUGUCUGAAAUGUGGAGAUAGGUGUCCCUGGCUCAGCCUCAGUUUCAUCUCUCUCUCUCUCUGACUUCUUUAAAUCAUCCCUGCGCCUCAUUCACUCUGUGCAGUAGCAUACCAUGGUGUAACUCUCUUUCUCAUGAACUCAUGCUCUGUGAAUGUUUGUAGAUUGGUGGGGAUUACUUGAUGGAUUUUGGGUCUGUGGGUUUAGAGGGUUUGGUGGGUCCAGAGAAUCGAGUAUCUUCACAGCUUGUUUCAGACCAUGAGUCCACCAAGCCAAAGAGCAAUAAUGGAUCUGGGUUUCUCAAGCAAGAGAGAUCUAGGUCCGGAGAAGACGACUGGAGGAGCUCCAAAGCAGCCAGAACUGACGAUUCUGAGCUACCCAAUACAUUGCUUCAUCUGCAGGGGACUCCUCUGCUUCCGAGAUCUAAUCCUAUGCACUCUUGUAAUGAUAGUGGCCAACAACAGAACAUGCUCUGCUUCUCAGAAGCUCCUUUUCUUAGCAAAAAUGGCGGAUUUGCUGAAAGGACCACUCACAACAACUCACCCUUUCGUUACUACGCAGGGUAUGGCUCUGGAGGGUUGAAUUCAGGCAUGCAUACCCCUGUUUUGGGGACUAGAGGGCCAUUUACUCCAUCUCAGUGGAUUGAGCUGGAGCACCAGGCCUUGAUCUACAAAUACAUUAUGGCAAAUGUACCUGUUCCAUCUAAUUUGCUCUUUGCACUCAAAAAAUCCCUUGACCCAUAUGGGUUAUCUGGGUUGUCUUCUGGAUCCUAUGCCCCCAACUCAUUUGGAAGGGGUUCUUUCCAUCUAGGUUUCUCUGGCAACACUGACCCUGAACCUGGGAGGUGUCGCAGAACGGAUGGAAAGAAAUGGCGGUGCUCGAGAGAUGCUGUUGCUGAUCAGAAAUACUGUGAAAGGCACAUCAACAGAGGCCGCCAUCGUUCAAGAAAGCCUGUGGAAGGCCAGACUGGCCAAGUCGUCUCUGGAUUCACUACAAAGGUGGUGCCGAUUGCUGGUUCCACAUCAGCAUCGGCAAUGUCUAGCAGUGGUGCAUCCAAUAGCCUUGGUGUUGCUGUGCAGCACCAGUUCAAGGGCUUGCGGCCUGAUGCUGAGAAGAACCCUUCUGCAGAUGUGCUUGUCAAUAGAAUGCAAGGUCCCCAAGUCCUCUCUAUGGUAUCUACUACCACUAACCUGAAGUCUAAAGAUUCCCCAUUCUCCAUUCCAAAGCAGCAUAUCCCAAAUGAACAAUUCUCUUACUCAGAGUUUGGACUCGUCUCUUCUGAUUCCCUACUCAAUCCUUCACAAAAGAGCUCGGGGAAUUCUAGAAACUAUAACUCUAUCCUGAAUUUCAACAACCAUUACUCCCAUGACCAACAUCUUCCACUUCACCAUUUCAUUGACGACUGGCCCAAGGGCCAAUCCAACCGUGCCACCGUUGCCUGGCCUGAAGAACUAAAACCAGACUGGACCCAGCUCUCAAUGUCGAUCCCUAUGGCGUCAUCUGAUUUCUCAUCAACCUCAACAUCAUCCCCUCAAGAGAAAAUUGCCCUCUCACCACUUAGGUUAUCUCGUGAGCUUGACCCAAUCCAAAUGGGUUUGGCGGUGAAUAACAAUCACCUCACUGAAUCAACCCAAAAGGGAACAAAUUGGGUACCUAUAUCUUGGGGUAGUUCGAUUGGGGGACCAUUAGGAGAGGUCUUGCACAGCAGUUCUAGCACGGUGGGAGCUUGGAAGAAUUUGUCGGAUUUGAACCUCACGAAUCGGUGGAAUGGAAGCCCGCAGUUGGGAUCUUCCCCAACAGGGGUCUUACAAAAGAUGACUUUUGUUUCACUUUCAAAUAGCAGCUCAGGCCUAAGCAGUCCAAGAGUAGACUACAAGAAGAGCAAUGAAACUGGUAGCCUUGGUGAUGAUAUUCUUGGUUCAACUCUUGCAAGUUCGUUUCCAUUUCAUCGUUGUAACGAGCGUGUGACUUGAGCAAGAGAAAGGUGGAGACAAAAAAGGAAAAGCGAGCAAGUUUACAGAAAGUUGAUGGAAGAAGGCUGAGGGAGGUUAGAACACCUCAAUUAAUUUCCAUAAUUUUCUUGUCUUGUUUCUUUUUAUAGACUAUAGUUUGCAGAUGUUUUCAAAAAGUAGGAUUUGGCUGAUUUUAGUGAAUGAAUAUUGGCCAUUUUAACUCUUUUAUGUGUGUUAGAUUAUCCAUAGUUCAUGAACAAUACAAUUAAUUUAUGUUUAUGUUUCAGUGUGAUCUUAUCUUUUGAUAGUU